AACAAAGCAUACAGUAUGCAUGAUUAUGCAGCUCAAUAAAAAUUAGUUCUGCCAUUAUCAAAUUUAAUUUAAUUAAAAAUAGAUAACCGCUUGUGUCCGCCUCACUCCCAAGCUCUUCACAUUCACUAGUCACCAUUACUACCCAUUUCUCUCUUACUGACAAAAUUUUGGUCGGAGCAUGCGUUCUUUGUGUUUCAGUUUCGUAAUCGGACCUACAAACUAUGCGAAUGACAAGAAGAAAGUUCCAUCAGUACUAUCUUGCUCUUGUUCUCAAGCCAUCUUCUCAGCUUCCGAAUACAGUAUUAGAUUGGAUGUCAAUAAGCAUCAGAUUGUCAGUAGUGAUAAAAGCAGUAGGAAUUCAUAUUCCUACAAUAGCAGAAAAGGAGGAAUUAGAGAGGAUUCGCUGUUAGGAGGAGGAGGAGGAGGAGGAGGAGGAGGAGGAGAUGUGGUGGUUGCCGCAGAUAGAAAGCAGGUUCGGUGUGAAGUGGAAGUGGUGUCUUGGCGAGAACGGAGGAUUAAAGCUGAGAUUUCGGUGAACGCUGAUGUGCAUUCUGUUUGGAAUGCUCUCACUGACUACGAAAGGCUUGCCGAUUUCGUCCCUAAUCUCGUUAGCAGGAUAAUGUUCGCGAACUCCAUUUCUCUAUGGUUGACGGUGACUUCAAGAAGUUUGAAGGCAGAUGGUCUGUGAGAGCUGGAAAAAGGUCUUCAACAGCUAUACUAAGUUAUGAAGUUAGUGUCAUACCAAGGUUCAACUUUCCUGCCAUUUUCUUGGAGAGGAUUAUCAGGUCAGACCUCCCAGUAAAUCUUCAAGCCUUGUCCUACAGAGCUGAAAACAGUUAUCAAGGUGAUCAGAGUGUUUCUGUCACUUGUGCUAAUACCAAAGGCGAACCUGGUUCUUCCCUUAUUCCCGUGAUGAGAGAUAUUGAUUGUGCCAUAUCCCAUGAGAAUAAAUCUUCCAGUGAAAACUUAAAGGACAAGUUUGUCAAAGACACUUUUGGCCCGUUGGCACCAGCUACAAGUGAUGUGAGUAAUAAUUGGGGAAUAUUUGGGAAAGCUUGCAGACUUGACAAGCCAUGCGUGGUGGAUGAAGUCCAUCUCCGAAGAUUUGAUGGUCUACUGGAAAAUGGAGGUGUUCAUCGCUGUGUUGUUGCUAGUAUUACAGUAAAGGCUCCAGUUCGUGAAGUGUGGAAUGUUUUGACUGCUUAUGAAAGUCUUCCCGAGAUAGUUCCAAAUUUGGCAAUCAGUAAGAUCUUAUCACGGGACAACAACAAAGUUCGCAUUCUUCAGGAAGGAUGCAAGGGUCUCCUAUACAUGGUACUCCAUGCACGUGUCGUCCUAGACUUAUCUGAACAUAUAGAACAAGAAAUUAGCUUUGAGCAGGUGGAAGGCGACUUCGAUUCUUUUCAAGGAAAGUGGAUCUUAGAGCAAUUAGGCAGUCAUCAUACACUACUGAAGUACAGCGUGGAGUCAAAAAUGCACAAGAAUUCUUUUCUUUCUGAAGCAAUUAUGGAAGAGGUCAUAUAUGAGGACCUUCCCUCUAACUUAUGUGCAAUCCGUGAUCACAUUGAGAAAAGAGAAACUGAGAAACCUCUUGAGAAAAUUAACCAUGAUGCGUGUAGAGAGGCAUCGGUUAGUUCAUCAAUCAAGGAUUCAUCUGUUUAUUCUGAUAGGCCAGCUGUGCAGAAUUCAGACAGUUGUAGUUUAUAUUCACCCCGACGAAGGCCGAAAGUUCCAGGGCUGCAGAGGAAUAUUGAAGUUCUCAAAGCUGAGCUCUUGGAUUUUAUCUCUGAACAUGGACAGGAAGGAUUUAUGCCUAUGAGAAAGCAACUCAGGAACCAUGGAAGAGUGGACAUUGAGAAGGCGAUUACACGCAUGGGAGGUUUUAGAAGAAUUGCUUCAUUGAUGAAUCUCUCUCUUGCUUACAAACACCGCAAACCGAAAGGUUACUGGGAUAGCUUGGACAAUUUACAAGAGGAGAUCAAUCGCUUCCAGACGAAUUGGGGAAUGGAUCCAUCAUAUAUGCCCAGUAGAAAAUCCUUUGAACGUGCAGGUCGCUAUGAUAUUGCUCGUGCAUUAGAAAAAUGGGGUGGCCUUCAUGAAGUUUCACGUCUUCUGUCACUUAAGGUAAGGCAUCCUAACAGACAAGCAAACCUUGCCAAGGAGACGAAAGUUGAAGUGUUAGCUAAUGAUGUAAAUGGUGAAACAACAUCGUCUAAACCUUUUGUUGCACAAGAUGCACAAAAAUGGCUCAUGAAACUCAAGGAUUUGGACAUAAAUUGGGUGGAAUGAGUAUUGACUUUGUUUCAUUAUACUUUUCUGCUGAAAGUAUGACAACAACUAAUUGUGUCAAGUGUACAUAUAACAAUCAAAUAUGUGCCCAUAAUUUGAGUUGAUUCUCCAUGUCCAUUUUCGAGUUUCA